UCUUUUUCUCCCUGUCCCUCCAACACCAGGUGAUGAAUAACUCAGGCCCCUACAAGAACUUCCAGAUCGAGGUGAAGAAAGGGGGGUACUUCCUCCAUGGCUCCAACAAAUCCUUUGCAUCCUUGAAAGACCUCAUGGAUCACCUGAAGGGACAAAUCCUCCGCACAGACAACAUCAGCUUCACCCUCAAGAGGUGCUGCCAGCCCAGACCCAGAGAAAUCUCCAACUUGCUGGUGGCAACCAAGAAGGCUCAGGAGUGGCAGCCAGUGUAUCCCAUGGGACAGCUGAGCUUCCACCGCAUCCGCAAGGAGGAGAUCGUGCAGGUGGGUGCUGGGCAGCCCCAGGAGCCCGGGGUGGAAUGCCUUGGGCUGGAAAUUAAUUUG